CCGUUUAAGCAUAAUGUUUUUAUUAAAUGUGAUGUGUAGUUUCGUUGUGUACUUUUGCGCGCCAAAACCCAGGUUUAUGGAGGUCAGUUCUCAAUAUAAAUUCGAUUCAAGGGGUACAAAACAUAUCGGUUUAUGGAGGUUUAUCGGCUUAUGUAAGUAUCGGCUUGAAAGGGGGGAUUCUGAGAACUGUUAAACAUUACUGAAAGCUCAAUUUUAAGAAACAAACUUUCAA